AUGGCUGAAGUGCUUGUUUCCAUUGUCCUUGACCAAUUGGGCAAUUUCAUUGUGGAGCAAGUAAAGGGACAAGUUGAUGAACUAAGAAUGGCUAUUGGGAUCAAGAAAGAGAUCCAAAAUCUCUCUUUCAAGUUAAAAAUGAUAAAAGAGGCAUUAGAUGAUGCUGAAAAAAGAAGGGUCAAAGACAAAAAUGUAAAACAUUGGCUAGAAAUUCUUGAAGAUUUUUCAUAUGACACAGAUAAUGUGUUAGAUGAAUGGAAAACAAGAAUUCUACAGCAAGAAAUUGAAAGAAAUGAGGCUGGUGUUGGUGCUGCUUCAAUUCCAAGGAAAAAAGUAAGUUGCUUUUUUCUACCUUCUUGUUUUACUUUCAAGAAACUUGAGGUGAAUCGCGAUAUUGUUCGAAAAAUAAAGGAAUUGGAUGUGAAGUUAGAAGUGAUUGUGAGAGAAAAAGAUCAGUUCAAUUUUGUAGUUAAUGCAAAUGGUGUUGUUUCUGAUCAAGAUGUGUUUAAAAGAGUUAUGACUACUGGCAUUGUUGAUGAAUCAGAAGUACAUGGUAGAGAUUCUGAUAAAGAUGUUGUAAUAAGUAAGUUGCUUGAGAAUUAUGAUCAAGAAAAUGGUUUCCUUGUUGUAUCUGUUGUGGGCACAGGUGGGAUUGGAAAGACAACUCUUGCACAACUAGCGUAUGGUGAUGAGAAAAUAAAGGGUCAUUUUGAUGAAAGAAUUUGGAUUUGUGUAUCGGACCCUUUCGAUGAAGUCAAAGUUGCAAAAGCCAUUCUUGAAUCUCUAACUAAAAGCUCACCAGAUCUGUCUCAACUGCAUAUGUUAUUAGAAAGAAUUCAAGAAUGUGUCUCUAAGAAAAGGUUCUUUCUUGUGCUAGAUGAUGUAUGGUCUGAAGAUUAUUCGAAAUGGGAACCGUUGAAGAACUCUCUCAAGAAUGGAGCUCGAGGAAGUAGAAUCUUGGUUACAUCUAGGAGUGAGAGGGUUGUCGGAGUGAUGGGAAGUUCUUACAUGCAUCGGUUGGGACAAAUAUCAGAUUCAGAUUGUUGGUCAUUGUUUAGUCGGAUAGCAUUUUCAGGAAGGAAUAAGGAGGAUUUUGAGAAUUUAGAAGAUAUUGGGAAGAGAAUCGUACGAAAGUGCAAAGGAUUGCCACUUGCUGCAAAGACUAUGGGAAGUCUCUUGCGGUUUAAGGAUACAGAAGAAGAGUGGCAAACUGUUUUGGACAGUGAAAUAUGGGAAUUGGAGGAAGUGGCAGUAGACUUGUUUCCUCAUUUGUACUUGAGCUACGACGAUUUGCCCCCUAUCUUGAAGCGUUGUUUCUCGUAUUGUGCCAUUUUCCCUAAAGAUACUGUCAUAAAUGUAGACAGGUUGACCCGAAUUUGGAUGGCACAAGGUUAUCUCAGCACAGUUGAAAAUAACCAACAGGAAGUAAAAGGACGUGAGUAUUUCAUGAACUUAGCUACACGCUCUUUCUUUCACGAGCUGAAGAAAGAUGAUAAAAAUGCAAGUGUUAUAAUAUCCUGCAAAAUGCAUGAUAUAGUGCAUGAUUUUGCUCAGUUUCUUUCUAAAAAUGACUGCUAUAGCAUCAAAGGAACCAAAGCAACUGAAAACAAAGUAGACGUUCUUAGUGUUCGACAUCUAUGCUGGGAGAGUACUGAUAGUACAGUGAAUCCUACUUCUAUUUGUGAUAUUGGAAAGAUUCACAGUCUAUUUGCUGAACACUUGCACGCAAAAGAGCUUCCUCGAGAUCUAUUCAAAGGUCUUAAAUGCAUAAGAGUUCUAAAUUUACAUGGAUGUUUGAUGCAAGAACUUCCUGAAGAAAUAGGAAAUCUAUUUCAUCUAAGGUGCAUUGAUUUAAGCAGCAGUCAAGUGAAGGACUUACCUGAAGCCAUUUGCCGCUUGUGUAAUCUGCAAACCUUAGAUCUUCACGGUUGUAAGAAUCUUUCAAGACUUCCUCAACAGAUAGGAAAAUUGUUAAACUUGAGACAUCUCAUUACUACUGACAUGCCAAAGUUGGAAUCUUUUCCUCAAGGAAUUGGAAGGCUAACUCAACUAAGGACUUUGAGUGACUUUGUAGUUGGGAAAGGAUCGAGCAAGUUGGGAUAUAUUGGGAAAUUGAACCAACUUCAAGGAUAUCUAUCAGUCCAUGUGAUCGACAAUUUGAACUCUGCAGAAGAUGUAGUUGAAGCAGAGAAGGCAGAAUUCAGAAGCAAGAAGUACGUUAAAGAACUGCGUUUGAAUUUCUAUUGGACGAGUGAGGUAAGAAUGGAUGUGAUUGAAGCUCUAACACCACCUCCAAACCUUAGAUCUUUGACAAUCAAUGGAUACAGAGGUACUCAAUUACCAACAUGGAUAACAUUGUCACUUAAUAAUCUUAGAGUUCUUACACUAAGUGAGUGCUUUAACUGCAACUUUCUGCCACCUUUAGGUAAGUUACCAUUUCUUGAAAUUCUUUGGGUAAGGCUUAUGGAUGAGCUGAAACAUGUUGGAAAUGAAUUCUUGGGAUUGCCAGGAACCAUUGCAUCAUUUCCAAAGCUAAAGAAGUUGACAUUUUCAUAUUGUUCAGAGUGGGAAGAAUGGACAGACUUAAAACCAGAAGUUGUUUGUUCAGUAAUGCCUAGUCUUAAGGAGUUAGAAUUAUAUUGCUGUGAAAAGCUUAAUAGCCUUCCAUAUUGUCUCUUGCAAAGGCUGUCAUCAAUAGAGUCUUUAAAGAUCAAGAUGUGUCCUUAUCUUGAAGUUGACUGGACUAAGAUAUCCCAUAUUCAGAAUAUUGAAACUGGUAAUGGGAUUUGA